AUGGAGUUCUCUGUGGAACAUAUGGAGAAGCUUGUCGAUUUAUUGAGACCACCAGAACCUGAAGUGCUACAAGGAGACGAUUUACCUACAACUGAGUUUGAAAUAAAUUCAACCAGAGGUAAAAUUCCACCUCCUGAAGAAAAAAAAGCCCCAAAAACCAUCGAAGAGUAUGAGGAACAAGAGGCUAAAGAAAUUGAAAACUUGGGAAAAGCUGGUGUUGGUUUAGGUGAUCUAAAAACUCCUGAGUAUACAAUGAACUAUCAGCAGUCUGUCUCCGCUGAAGAUGUGUACCUUCAGAUUGGCCCAAAAACCCCAGCAUCGGCAAGUUGCGAAAAUCUUAUCGUUCGAAUUAAGAUGCCGGGGGAUAAGAAAGAAAAUGUAGAUUUGACAGUAGACACAAACAGUGUGGCCGUGGUGUCCUCCCAGUAUUCAUUAAAACUUCCCCUACCUCAUGGUAUUGACCCUGACCGGUCUAAGGCUAGCUGGGAAUCCGACCAGGAAACAUUGGUGCUGACCUUGAAACUGGAUAGAGAAUUUGACUUUGUUAAUUUUUAA